UGGACGCUCUACCUGGAGCUGGUGGCGUCGGCCCAGGACGGCGGGAACCCGCUGAACCGCAGAUACAGCAGCUGGCGAGAGCUGGCCAAAGCACUGGCCAACAGGAACAUGCCGGCGGUGGGUUCCAAUCUCCAGGUGUACGGUCCACAGAAGCUGACUGUGGUCAAGGACCAAGAACCCGACGGGGCGGGCAGCAGCGGCAGUAGCUACUUGAAAUGGAACAAACCCGUGCCCUGGCUGUCAGAGUUCCGCGGCCGCGCCAACCUGCACGUGUUCGAGGACUGGUGCGGGGGCUCCGUCCAGCAGCUGCGGAGGAACCUGCACUUCCCGCUGUACCCGCACGUCCGCACCACCCUGAGCAAGCUGGCCGUCGCCCCCGGCUGGACCAACUACGGCCUCCGCGUGUUCGGCUACCUGCACCCCUUCACCGACGGCCUCGUCCAGUUUGCCAUUGCCGCGGACGACAACGCCGAGUUCUGGCUGAGCCGCAACGAGCAGGUGUCGGGCCUCCAGCUGCUGGCCAGCGUGGGCGAGACUGGAAAGGAGUGGACGGCCCCUGGCGAGUUCGGGAAGUUUCAGAGUCAGAUUUCCAAGCCAGUGAGCCUGUCGGCCUCGCUCCGGUACUACUUCGAGCUGCUGCACAAGCAGAACGACGAGGGCACCGACCACGUGGAGAUCGCGUGGAGACGUCACGACACCGGGGCCCAGUUCACCAUCAUCGACUCCGCAGCACUGUCCCUCUUCACCAACGAGAGCGUGCUGAAGAUGACGAGGUGGGCCACAUCCCGCAGACGGCCGCCAGCCACGCGGGCCCCGCGCCGCGCGGGGACGAGCCACCCCCGGCCGACAUGCUGCGGCCCGACCCGCGGGAACGCGCUGCACCGAGUGCCCCUGGUCCCCAAGUCCCGGCUGCGCCACGUGCUGCCCGACUGUCCCUACAAGCCCAGCUACCUGGUGGACGGGCUGCCGCUGCGGCGCUACCAGGGCCUCCGCUUC